AUAAUAAAAUCAUAAUUAUUCUAUAGAAUUUGAUAGAAAAGAUAUAAUGUCACAAGAAGUCAAACGUAAAAUUCAUUAUACUCCUCAGAAUAGUCCGAAUAAGUAUUCAAAAACUCCUCAAAGUAAUGAAUCACUUAAAAAGGAUGCGAAAUCACAAUCAGAAAGUAACAAGCGAAAAAUUCAACCAUUUCGUAAUGAAAAUCUGGAAAAAAUUCAGAAAAUUUGUCCAAGUGGAAAAUUUGUUAAUACUUUAAUAGGACAAUGGUCUAAACAUAUGGGUAUUCAAACACCACUGUCCGAAACAGGAAUAAUACGAGAAAAUUUAAUUACGGAAGAAAUGAAACAGAUGCAUGUAAUUGAAGAACGAAAAAUUCAAAAGUUGCAAAAGAAGCUUCAGAUCGCUGAAGAAACUAUAUCUUCACUUUCUACUUCUCAUGAGGCUGAAUUACGAGCUAAAGAGGAGAUUUUACAACAAUUGAAUAGCGAUUGGGAAUCAAUUACUAAGUAUUAUUAUGAAAUAUCAGAGAGUUUAAAAGGAUUUCAACAACAUAAGGAUAAUCUAUCGAAAUUAUAUAAUGAAAUCAGCGUUGUCCAACAAUCUACGAUGAAAAAGUUACAACAAGAAUUAUCAAAGAAAUAUUGUUAA